AUGGCGCCCAUACGUCGCUAUCUCCGCAUUACUAAAUUCUCAGUGCUCGAGGUCCGCAUCUACCUCGACAAUCCGGCGCUCGCCCAGUCAUGGCUGCUCAACCCCCGCGCUCCGGUCCUUCCCAGGGUCAUUGAGGCUGUACGGCCACUGGUACUGCCCAAACUGCGUGAGGAGCGAGAAAGAUCCAGAAAGAAGAGCACCAAAAAACGAGCUAUCAAGGAUGUAGUAACAGAAGGCAUGUCGCUAUACUUAGUUAUGAAGCCGCCCGACGACUUCGAGGUUGCCAUUUUCCUAACAGAAACCGAUACUCGACACAGCAUUCUGUACAAGGACAAGCGCUUUCGCGACAAGACACAGACCAGGCUGCGCUCAAACUCCAAGAAGUUGACUGGCGGCGACUCUGUCGACGCGGCCAUCAAUUUGGAGGGGGGUGACGAUGCCGCAGACUCCAGCAGUGAUGUUGAGGUCAUACAGGCGGCAGGCGGUGAUGAAAUUCCCAUGAUCCGUCGGGAAGAUAGCGACGAGGACGCAACCGUCGCACUACACAACAUACCAGCAGCCGCCGAUACCGGUGCAACCGUCACUGAGGGGCGCGGGAUCAAGCGGAGGCGGCAAUCAACUCUUACUGCAACCAGUGAUAAAGACGAUAAUGACAAUGAUUUCGAGAUCGUCGACAGUGAUGACGAAGAUAGCGAGCUGGUAUCAGAGCCCUCACGCCCUACGCGGAGCAAGCGUGUACGGCAGCCCGCCGCCGAGACCGACGAGAAGAAGAAGAAGCUGGCCAUGGACAUAACAUACAACAGCUUUGCCAUAUACGGGCGUGUUUUGUGCCUCGUGGUCAAGAAGCGUGGCGCGGCAAACAACAGCAAUCAAUCGGCCGCUGCAGCUGCAUCCGGACAUGGCAAAGCGGCCGCAGCGAGUAGCCGAGCGGCUGGUCAGGCCAGGAUGGAGAACUGGAUUGCUUCCACCCAAAUAAUGCCGGCGGCCGAUCAAGGGGACGAGGGGGCUUGA